UGCGCCUUGCUCACCAAUCCAGACUAUCAUAUCGCACCAGCCGAAAUCUAUGCUAGCUUGAUAACGCCUCCAACAGAUUCCUGUGCGCCAGAUACUGUGCAGUAUAAUAAUAACCUUGGAACGAAUGGUUCGAUAACAUUGAAUUGGACGACAAUUGAUCAAACUUCUAUACCAAUUCUACCUCAGUUACUAACUCGUGACACUUCGCAUCAAGAGGAAAGAUAUGUCCUUAGCUCGAAGUCAACAAUAAUGCAUGUUAUGAGCACUGGCACAUUCCACGCGGAUACCGAAUUUAUUCAUGAAAUUCCAUCCUAUUGGCAGUGGAGUAAUGGCGAUUCAGUGGUGCUUGUGCCAGACGUGCCCGACCUAUUGACCCACGUGACUGUACGCUUAAAUCUAAUUUCAUGA